AUGGUGUCAGCCGCCGGAGGCAUCGUCAUUGCCAUCCUGGUCCUCGCCCUCAUCGGCGUCGUCGGUUGGGUUAUCUUCACCCAACUCCGGGCCCGCAGACUAGGCCUACCGCCCCCGUCGCUGUCCUCAUACAUCCCAUUCCGAAAAUCCGACCCUCCGCCCUCGUACGGGCCCCCGCGUCCGGCGCCGAGCGGCAUCGCAGGCUGGUUCAAUGACAAGAUCACCUCUUUCAAGAACCGCAACAACCGCUCCGCCGCCGGCGCCUACGAGCAGCCCUCAGGCGCCGGCGCACCCCGCCGCGGCUUCGGCCCGCUCGACCCGGACGAGGCAUGGGAUGCGCGCGUCGGCCACGAGGCCGAGACAUACGGCCCCUACGGCAACUACGAGGAGCAGGAGCUCGGGUACCGCGGUGGCAGUGGUGCGGACGGCAGCAACAGCUACAGCAUGAACCUCGCCGCGACGCCAGGCGUGCACCACGACGAGCCGGCGCGGGGUCGGAGCCUCAGCCGACCUGGCGAUGACGAUGUUGGGCUGGGCGUGCCCAAGUCGGGCACUAGGAAUCCGUUUGAGGAUGAUGCGGAGCCGAGCAAUAUCAGCUUGCGCGGUGUUAGUCCUCGGCCGAUCGUCGAGACGGGGUCGCAACAGCAGCAGCACAAGGACAACGGAGAGAGCCCGACGGAGCGGAGGUCGAUUUUCCGGGAGAACGUAUAG